CUAACCUUAAAUAAAAUUUGGGUACAAUAGUAUAAAAAUAAAAUUAAAUAGAUUUGUUUUGAUGUUCAAGUUUUCAAAAUGAGAGACGUUUACUUAUCAAAUUGCGAAAAGAAUUUCCUUCAGAAAAUCGUCUCUGAGGGUCAUCGCUUGGAUGGAAGGAAUUAUAAUGAAAGCAGAAAACUAGAUAUAGCUUUCGGGUCUGAAUAUGGAAGUUGCAUAGUAUCCUUAGGAGAAACAAAGGUCCUUGCACAGGUGUCAUGUGAUAUAGUACAACCAAAACAAAUUCGUCCAAAUGAAGGCAUAUUGCACAUUAAUGUGGAGAUCGGACCAAUGGCAGCGCCACAAUUUGAAGCGAAUAGACAGACAGAUCUAAACGUGUACUUGAAUAGAUUGCUUGAGAAAUGCUAUAAGGAUUCAAAGUGCAUUGACCUGGAGUCUCUAUGCAUUGUUGUGGAGGAAAAGGUAUGGUCAUUGAGAGUGGAUCUAAAAAUUAUAAACCAUGCUGGCAACUUAAUAGAAUGUGCCAGUCUGGCUACAUUGAGCUCCCUAGCACACUUCAAAAGACCUGAUGUUACACGAAGUGGGGACAGCAUAAUAAUACACACAAUGAGUGAGAUGGACCCUAUACCAACAGUGCUGUACCAUUAUCCAGUUUGUGUCACUUUUGCUGUUUAUGGUAGUGAUAUCCUAAUAUCAGACCCCAGCUUUAUAGAAGAGUCGGUUUGCACAAGCAGUACUGAGGAAGGCAUCAACACAGGAGGAGGACUUUUAGUUGUGGGCAUGAAUCAGUACAAGGAGACACAGAACCAGUCAAGUCCUGAUCCAGAGCAAGCCAGUCAGCAGGAAACACACCAACUGCAGCAGCGUCAGGAUCAGAGCCAAAUCCAAAACUUGCAACAGCAGUUGCAACAGCAGAACCUGCAGCAGGUGCUUCAGCAGAGCCAGUCUCUUCAGCAGACCCUACAGCAGAACCAGCAACCGACUCUGCAGCAGAUGCUGCAGCAGCAUCAGCAACAGCAGCAGCAGCAACAGUUAGAGCAACAGCAACAACAGCAGCAACAACAGCAACAGCAGCAGCAACAACAGCAAGCAAUACAAAAUCUACAGCAGACCCUGCAAGUGUCUCAAGCUCAGGCGCAGGCUAUAGUGCAGGCACAGGCCGCGUUACAGCAGCAGGUAGCGCAGACUCUGCAGCAGCAACAGCAGACACUGCAGAACAAUAUUUUAGCUGUACAACAUCAACACAUUCAGGCUGCUUUGCAGCGACAAUCUGCUAGUUUACAGGAGUUGCAGCAACAGCAACAUCAAGCUGUAACUACUCAACCAACUGCGACUAAGGGUAGGAUGCCGCGAGCUAGGGCGUUCAACAAGCCGCGUGGGCGCAUGACCGCCUACGCAUUCUUCGUACAGACCUGUCGGGAAGAGCACAAGAAGAAGCACCCUGAUGAAAAUGUUAUCUUCGCAGCGUUUUCUAAGAAAUGCGCUGAGAGGUGGAAUACAAUGACAGAAAAAGAAAAGCAAAGGUUCCAAGCCAUGGCCGAGAAUGACAAGAAGCGUUACGAUCUGGAGAUGCAGAACUAUGUGCCUCCCAAGGAUAUGAAGAUCGGCAGGGGGCGCAAGCGGCAGCAGAUGAAGGACCCUAACGCGCCGAAGCGAUCGCUGUCGGCUUUUUUCUGGUUCUGCAACGACGAGCGCUCGAAGGUGAAGGCCAACAACCCGGAGUACACGAUGGGCGAUAUCGCGAAGGAGCUGGGGCGGCGCUGGGCCUCCGCCGACCCCGACACCAAGGGCAAGUACGAGGCGCUCUCCGAGCAGGAUAAGGCGCGCUACGACCGGGAAAUGACAGCAUACAAAAAGGGGCCCUUAGCUUUAGUUCAACAGCAAAAUCACGCGGAGGUGGUGGAGGAAGAUUUUGACGGUGACGACGACUGCCAGUGAAGAGAUGCCAUGUAGUAUAAGGCUGUGUUUACCACGACCGACUGUUCCUUAUUGCACUAAAUUAAAUUAUUUUAUAUGCAGCUAAUGACGACAACAUUUCAUUUUCUUCCUCUGUUAAGUCCAUUAUCUUCCAAAGCGGAAUAGUUAUGCGAUGAUUAGAAAUUCGUUAUUUUCACUAAGCGGAGAAGACGUCAUAAUAACGAAAUCUGGUCUAACUUUCCAUUCUAGUCGGUAAUUGGACUUAGAAAGAGGUAUGCUGCAUUUAUGACUGGUCCCCAUAAGUAUCUUUGACAAGCACUCUAAGAGUUACAUGGGACAUUUUUCUAUUUAGUACCUUUAUAAGAGCUGAAGGCUAAUUCAUGUACAUCAAUAAGUAUGUAUGUAUAUACGUAGCUAAAUUCAAAUUCGAUUUUUAUAGGUAGUGUUUAUUAAAACUCAGAAAGUGUCAUGGCAUAUCUUAAAUGUGUGGAAGAAAAUUUAAGAAUUCAAUUAUGUUCCGGAAUAUAACUUAAAUGUGUUUACGCUGUAUGUGUGUACAUAUUAAUGAAUAUGAAUGCUGGUAGUUACAGGAAAAACGUCUCUGUAAUGUCUUAAACCCAUGAAUGAAGAACCCAUUGUAACAAUGGCACAUCUCAUGGAAGAAUAGCGUAAGUGAAGUUACGUCAAAAAUAUUUAUUGCUCCAUUGGAUACACAAACUAUAACCUACAUU